CAAAUUUUGACAAAUAUAAAGAAAACAACUGUACUACUAUAUUUUCCAAUAACAAAUUUCUAAUAUAUUUAUUUUUGUAUUGCUAAAUAAAUUUAUAAACGUGUGCAAAAUGUGGCAGGCACAGCAGAUAGCAGCAAUCCAAAUGGCAAAUCAAAUGCUUUAUGCAAUGUCGGCACCGCCAAGUUACUCGCUGAAUCAACGGCCGCCACACUUGGGUCCGCCAAAUUUCGAAGACACCACAGUAGACACGGACGAUGAGGAUGAUGAAAAAUUACGAACGCUUUAUGUUGGAAAUUUAGAUGAUCGCGUUACAGAAGAUCUACUCUAUGAGGUUUUCCUACAAGCAGGUCCACUAGAGUCUGUGCGUCUACCCAAAGACAAUGGUGGUCGCACGCGCGGUUUUGGAUUUGUUGUUUACUCACAUCGCUGCACACCGUUGUACGCUGUAGAAUUAUUUGCGGGACUGAUGCUUUUCCGUAAAAUGUUAACAAUUAAACCGCAAGGCGAUUCAAUGGCCGCCAAUAAGCGUCGUUCGUUUCCCAAUGAUUGUGAGCGCUAUAUGUCGCGAUCAGCUGAUAACAGCAUGCUGCGCAGUACAAGCUAUCCAAGUUUCUAUGAUCCAACUAUGAAUGACAUAUCAACCUCACCACAAACCUCUAACCCAUUUCGUUUGAACUCACCGGACUCGCCCAACAGUCCACACAGUAGAAGUCGUGACCGAGGUAAUAGAGAACGAGAGCGUGAUAGAGAUGUGGACAGGGAUUGGGUGACCAAUCAUUUAAAUAAACAUUCACGCGCUCACCCGUACAAACGUGACGAACGCCGACACCGCGACGAAAGUAACCGCAAACGUAGGUAACAAUUGGAAGCGGAACCGGAGGAAGCUCACGUUAAUAUAGUUUAUGCAAAGAAAUACUGUGUACAAAGUGCAUUUCGCGUUCUGUUCAACAUCGCAAUUUGCAGCAGAAAAACAAAUUAAAACUCAUCAAGCAAUUUUUAUAGUGACUCGGCUAAGCAUUAGCAUAAUCGUAAUUCUGUAUUUUAAGCUAGUCUCUAAAAACAAUCUAUGUAGGUAUAAUGCAUUAAAAAUUCAAUAAUACAUAUGUGUGAAAAUAGAACUUUUUUAUGACUGGAAUAUUGCUUAAAAUUUGUGAAUUUGUGAAUUUGAUAAAAAAUGGUGUGGAAAUAUGAAAAUGUAAUAUAUGUCUCCAUCAUAAACUAUAAAUUGUAAUAAAAAAGCAUCGGUGGUGUUAUCUACCUCAAAAUAA